AUGCUUCUGCUCUUCAUCCUCAUCACGUGCUUUGCUUUAGCUUCAACUCUCCCUGCGCAAGGUCGGUACGAUGACUGCCAAAGGGCAAUUUUUACAUUGUCCAAUAAUCCGGAAGGAAACAACAUCCUUUCACUCGCUGCCUCCUAUAAUGGCACUCUGUCUUCGCCCGUCCUGACCCCGACUGGAGGCAAAGGCCUGCUGGGCCUAAAUGUCGGCCCACCGUUCGGACCUGUUGGUACAACUGUCGGAUCAGACGGCCUCUUCGGGCAAAACUCGGUCGUGGUUUCUGAAAACUAUCUUUUCACCGUCAAUUCAGGCAGUCACACCCUGUCGAUGUUCGUAAUCUACCCUUGGGCACCCCUCUACCCCAAGCUUGUUGGCAAGCCUGUCGAUACACAAGGCGAGUUUCCACAGUCUGUGACCUACUCCGCGCAACUCAACACAGCCUGCGUCGUCAAUGGUGGAGCCAAGAAUGGAGUUGCAUGCUUCACGGUCUCGAUUGAAAACGGCCUUUCCCCAGUCGGCGGCCUUCGCCCGCUCAAAAACCUUCAUACAAACACCCCGCCUAGCGGACCACCAGACUCAGCCUCCGAGAUCCUCUUUAGCCCCAGCUCAUCAGCUCUCUUCGUAACAAUCAAGGGCAAACCCGGACCUCCUGCAGUCCCAGGUUACAUUUACGCCUUCGGCGUCAACAACGGGCAGAUAUCCAGUGAUGCGAUCAUAUCAUCCCCAUCAGCACUCAUACUGGACUACAGCAUAAACUUCCUUGGCUCCGAAACCUCGGCUCUUAUAACGGAUCCCACCUUUGGUGCCUCGAUUGUCAACAUCGCUUCCGACUUGACUGUUACGGAGACACACCACACCACCAUUCCAAACCAGGGUGCUGUAUGUUGGGCAGCCUAUUCGCGCCACUAUGGUACCGUGUACGUGGUGGAUGCAAAUCGUACAAAUGUCACAGCCUUGGAUCCUCUCAGCGGAGCAAUCAAAGGCGUGAUCCAAUUUCAAGCUGAUGCUCUUGGGGGUUUUGAUACCAUCAUCGACAGGCAGUGGAUGUACAUUCUGAGCGGCGCUAACAGUGUGGUGGUAAUUGACCUUGAGGAGUCGGGGGGAACAGCUGUACAGCAACUUGGGAUAGCACAGGAGGGGCCAGCGGGGCAUUGGCAGGGUAUGGCAGUCUAUCCUGCACAUCGAGACAGUUUUUUGUGGUAG